AUGCAUGAAAAUCCGCCACCAUCACGUAUUCGCGUCGAUGAGUCAACACCUCUUCUCAAUCAUGAACAAUCCCAUCUCCCUUACUCCAGCGAACACAGCACUGGUGAUUCAUCCACCCUAAACACCUCAGACGAUGAUGAACCCAUCUUCUCUCUUUCCAGAGUAACUUCCAUAAACCAGGGACUUGAAAUUGAACCAAACCUCGAAACGAUUUCGGCGGCGCCCGCAGCCACUAAGAGAGCGGCUAUAGAUCCCGAGGGCAAGUCCCCCAGUGAAUCCACCGGAUAUGCCGCCAGAUUUAUUAAUGUCUCUCCGACGAGGUUUUGGCUGAUCUUCGGUGGUGUGCAAUUGGGAUAUAUCAUUGGAUUCUUUGACGCGACCUUGAUGGCAUCAAGUCAUCCGGUCAUCACAUCCCAUUUCCACGCCUCAAACUCCGCAUCAUGGCUUUCAACGGCCUUCCUGUUGACCUCCACUGCUUUCCUUCCUCUAUUCGGGCGCGUAUCCGACACCUUUGGCAGGAAGCCAGUAUAUCUCUUCGCCAUCGCCGUCUUCUUCUUUACCACAGCGUGGUGUGGAAUGGCGCAGAGUAUCGGGAGCUUCAUUGCAGCUCGAGCCUGUUGCGGGCUGGGGGCCGGGGGUGUUUUCUCCAUGGGCAUGAUUCUAUCGAGCGAUUUAGUUCGCAUCGAGUAUCGUGGCGUCUACCAGUCCUACAUCAAUAUGGUCUUGGGGGUGGGAGGCUGCCUGGGCCUUGCCUUUGGCGGGUUUCUGUGUGAUCACGUAGGAUGGCGAGGUGCGUUCUUCGUGCAGCUGCCCUUCAUUUUCAUUUAUUUCCUCGUGGCAGCCUGGACCACGCCCGCCGACCUCGGCCUGAAGAGGGCGAAGGCCGAGCGGAUGACUUUCUUCCAGCUCGUGAAAAGCAUUGACUUGGUGGGCUCUUUUAUCCUGGUUCUCGGCGUGACCUCCUUGAUCAUGGGUCUUAACUUGGGCGGUAAUGUGUUCAGCUGGUCUCACCCCUUGGUUGUUUCAUCCUUGGUUUCAUCGCUCAUCCUAGCUGUGAUCUUCGUGCGAUAUGAACGAAACGUAGAGCGCGCUGUGAUGCCGAUCUCGCUUCUGACGAAGCAGCCUUGUGCAAACCUUAUCUUUGGCAACUUUUUUGGAGCCAUUGCCAUCAACACGAUCAUCUUCAAUGCUCCCCUGUACUUUCAGGCCGUCAAACUAGCGAGCCCAACCGACUCGGGUCUCCGACUCAUAUCUUCUACCCUUGCUGUGACAGCUUCGAGCGUCUCGGCUGGUUUUAUCAUCACAUGGACCAAACGGUUGAAGCCAACGGUAAUCGUUGGUGAUGUUUGUCUCAUGCUGGGCGGCCUCGCUACAGCCACCCUUGGUAUGGGUACCCCCGAUGCAGUUGCCAUGAUAUGCGUUGCGCUCUCAAGUCUUGGACAGGGAUUCUCCUUUCCGUCGUUGAUGGUCUCGGUUCUCGCCACCAGUGACCCGGACGAACAGGCCGUGGCCACGACCACCUUGGGGCUGUGGAGAAACCUGGGCUCGGUGAUGGGUGUAGCGACAAGCAGUUGGAUCUUCCAGAACACCCUGGUAUACAAGCUGGAAGAGAUGGUCACAGAACCCGAUAAGGAAAGUAUCAUCCUCCUUGUCCGCAAAUCAGUCCAGGCUAUCACCAAACUGGAUCCAGUGCACCAAGGACAGGUGGUGGGCGCAUACGCGUCAGCUCUCCGUCUGACCUUCUUCUCUGCAGCAAUCUGGGGAGCGCUCAUGCUCCUCAUGCAUUUCCGCGUCCAGCUGCCCCGACUUGGCAGCAAGGCUUGA